AUGGCACCAUUUACAUUUACACUCUUUGCACCCUAUAAUAAACAAGCAGCAAUACGGCUAAAAAAUGCUAGUGUACGAAUGUUUGGGGCUGAUAUUCUUAUGGAAAAAGACGAGUCAGAUGGUUAUUUUCGAGCAACUGUAGAUUUAGCUGAUGGUAUUUUUCAUUAUCAAUUUAAAAUUCAAACAAAAUCUUGGUUCGAACAAGAACCAGAACCUGCAUUACCAAAUUAUGAUGAUGAUGAAUAUAUAGCAAUGACUCAAGAAGAAAAACAAGAAAAAACUGAAGCAUAUACAAAACUUAUUGAUGAAAUUCGUGAACGAAAUCGUCAACGUGAAAGUGAAGCUACUUUUACAGAAAUUUGGUAUACAUUUGUUGAUCCUUAUGCUACUGAUGUUGAUGAACGUGGUUCAGAUGAUGCACAUAAAGCUGUUGGUAUAUUAACAGUCAAAAAUGGCAAACGAAUUAUCGAUGAAUAUGAAUGGAAAUAUGAUAGUUGUUAUUUACCACCUGAUGAAGAACUUGUUAUUUAUGAAAUACAUGUUGGUGAUUUUUCUGGUGGUGAUAAUGAUCCAAAUGCUCGUGGUCAAUUUAAAAAUGUUAAAGAAAAAAUUGAUUAUUUAAAAGAACUUGGUGUUAAUGCGAUUGAACUUAUGCCAAUUAAAGAAUAUCCUGGAAAUCAUUCUUGUUAUGGAACAACUAGUGAUUUAAAAGAGAUGAUUGAUGAAAUGCAUAAAAAUGGUAUUCGUGUUAUUUUAGAUGGUGUAUAUAAUCAUUGUGAUUGUUCAUCACCAUUAACACAAAUAGAUCAUGAUUAUUGGUAUCAUCACAAUCCAAAAGAUGUUGCUAUGUCAUGGGGACCUGAAUGGAAUUAUAAUUUUUAUGAUCCAAAAUAUAAUAUAUGGCCAGCUCGUAAAUUUGUUGGUGAUUCAAUUCGUUAUAUGGUUGAAGAAUUUCAUAUUGAUGGUAUUCGUUUUGAUGCUGCACGUCAAAUUCAAAAUUUUGAUUUUUUACAUUGGGUUGUUAAAGAAGCAAAAAAAGCAGCUGGACCUAAACCAUUCUAUUGUGUUGCAGAAUUUUUACCUGAUGAACCUUGUAUAACAAAUAUUGAUGGUCCUAUGGAUGGAUGUUGGCAUGAUAGUUUCUAUUGGGCAAUACGUGAUUUAUUACUUUAUGAUAAUAUUGAUAUUGGUCGAUUAAAAUCUGUUAUUGAUUGUCGACAACAAGGAUUUUUAGGUGUUACAAAUGUAGUAAAUUAUAUUGGAAAUCAUGAUCAUGAUCGAAUGCUAGUUGAAUUAGGCAAAGAGCGAAGUAUAUUUGGUGAAGAAGCAUUUAAACGUAUUCGUCUUGGUGUUGUUAUUCAAAUGACAAGUACUGGUAUUCCCAUGAUAUGGAUGGGAGAAGAAAUUGGAGAAUAUAAAGAAAAAACACCUGAUGUUGCUAAAAUUGAUUGGUCAUUAAUUGCUGAUCGUGAAGAUAAUUCAAAUAGUAUUAAUAAAACUCUUCUUGCAUUUUUUCGUGGUUUAGUACUUUUACGUAAAGAAAAUAAAGCAUUUUUUCAAACAAAUCUUGAUUUUAUACAUGAAGAUCAUAAUGCAAAAGUAUUAGUUUAUCAACGAUGGUCUGAUACAGGUGAACGUGUUGUUGUUAUUGUAAAUUUUUCUGGUAUUUUUCUUGCUCAUUAUCGUGUACCAAAUAUGCCUAUUGAUGGUUGGUGGCAUGAAUGGACAUUUAAUUAUGAUGUUAAAGUUAGUUAUAAUGAGGUACAUCUUGAUUUAGCUGAACGUGAAGCAAAAAUUCUCGUUUGGCUUGGUGAAAAUUGGGAACCAUCAGCGUCUGAACCUCAACCAGAUCCAUCAACAGAAUCAACUUCAAAUAAUGAUACAAAUACUACAGAAGAAAAACCUGAAGAAAAAUCUGAAGAAAAACCCGAAGAAAAACAACAAUAG